AUGCCUUGCAAACAUCAAAAAUAUACCGCCACGAGAUUAUCGGGAAUAUUUGUAUUUGCCAGUCCAUACAAAUACGAUACUUCGGAUUUAGUUCAAGCCCUCGAAGACAGCCUCAAUCCAUCUGGAGAUGAAUUCAAAUCUUUACGGGAAGACAUUCUAUACAGUAUCAAAAAUCAUACAGAUCAGACUUUCUUGAGAAAAAUGGACGACAAUGAUCCUGAAAGACUAUCCCUCAAAUCUUUGGAUCUAAUAUUCUCAACAUUCAACGCCUAUUUUUUUAAAAACACUCUUCCGCAAGAUACAAGAGUCGUUCGAAAAACUGAAAAUAACUCAAGUAUCACAGCAGGAUUUUUCCUCCCUUUCAAAGCGGCCUCGUCAUCAGGCAUUUUCGCUGCUGCAACUAGAAUCUUUCACAGUUCCACCCCCGAGAUCGAUCAUACUAAGUCACCCAACAUAAUCAUUCCUUCUAAGGGUACUUCCUCUACCAAGAGCAGCCCCGGAGACGAUGUAAGCGCUCUCCUAGAAGCAAUGAUCGCUUUCUAUCUACAAUGGUACAGUUGCCGCAAACCCAGCUGUCUGAACAGAAUUACCGCUUGUGGGAAGGGCCCUAGAGGAUACGCAUGGCAGAAGAUUGCCAAUCUACUAGAAAGGUCUGAGAUGAUGAGCGAUAUGCAGACUUUGAUUGGUUCGCAGGUGCGUUUGAGAAGGUAUGAGGAAUUUGUUAGGGAACUGAGCUAUUGGGAUAAGCCGAGGCUGUUCGUAUCGUUGGAUUUGUUGCGGGAAUUGGGGUUGGUUGCAUGGACUGUAGAAGAUUUUGUGUAUGCUGCGGAGGAGGAACAGAGAAAGACAAUUGCUUCCGCGGUGAAACGGAUGAAACGGUGA